CUGCACUCACAGAUCGCGGGCUGUUUGUCUGGAGCUCCGACCCUGCUGCCCUCCCCCGCUGUCGAGCGCGCUGCUCUGCAGCACAGACUCUGCACGGUGAAGAUGGCCGGCCCUGAAAAAUAUAUUGAAAUAGUGGUCCAGCAGCUUAACAAAUUUAAUCCUGAAAAUGAGAGCACAGAGCAUCUCUUGGAUGAGUCAGCUAAGGUUUUACAGACCCUUAAUGUGACAGAUGGAACAUUUGUGUUGGAGACUCUAGCUGGAUGUAUUGAAUAUAAACCUUUAUUGGACAUAGUAGUCAAUGCAUUUUUUGUUCGAGAUGGGAAGCAUUGCCUGUUUUCUGAGCGCAGUCUCUAUGUGGUUAUUUGCUAUUUGGCCACUUUUCAACUGGAGGAGCUUGGUCUUCAGCAAUUCAGCAGAAUUGUCAAAUCUCUGGACAUUGCUAAAAUGCAUAAGUUUCUUAGAUUCUUCUUCAAUGUCUUGAAUUUGAGUACAUGGAUAAAAGAUGAAUGGAGUCAGAUAUAUGAUUCUCUUUAUGUAAAAGAAAACUGGAUUGAUCCAUUGCUAGGAUGGCAGCCAAAAAUAGAACAACUGAUCAAGCAACUUGCUGACAAAUUAGCUAAUCGUGUUACCACUGUAAAGACUUUGACAGUCACAAAGCCGAAGGAAUUUGAUUUGACCACCCCUAAGCCACGAGCCAUACCAAUACCUGAGCCAAUACCGUUACAGGAGAAGCAUCAACCUGUUCCUCAGAGCACCUACAAACCUCCAAAGGAAAAACAGCACCUGCAGGAAAUCAAGUAUAGAAAUCGCCGAAGAGCAGAGGAACUGCUGCUGGAAGCAAAUGUUAGCCAGUUCAGGUGUGCAACGAUAAAGCCUGCGAACAAAGCCCCGAGAGGUUAUAUAUCAGGCAUUAUGAAGAAUAAAACGAAGUUCCAGGCUCAAAAGAUCCAGGGCAAGAUUGACAAUGUACCUAUUAAAUUAAAUGCAGCAGCGAUCUUAAGAGAAGGUGCCCUCUACCAGCGAAAAAUGGAACAAGAACUCAACAGACUUGAAAGUUUGCUACGAGGUGCUCAUGACCCAUCUGAAUUCCUGGAAUGGCAAAAACAGAUGCGUGAAAAAGAUUUGGAACAACAACUGGCUGAGAUAGAGUGUCGGAGGCUACAAGGGAAACUGAGUCACGAGGAGGCAGUUCUAGCACGUCACAAUGUAAUUCAGGAAAACAAGAAGAAAGCUGAACUAAAGAGAGAAGAGACAGCAGAAUUGAUGCGCCAGUAUGCAGAGAAACGUCUUGAGGAAGAGAAGGAAAUGAGAGAGUUGGUGGAGCAGGUAGUGGAAGGACAUAAAAAUGUGAAGCAAGCACGAAUGAAGCUCCAGAAGUACAAACGGCAAAUAGUUCAGGAAGUGUCUGAAGAGAGCCGAGAACUUCUUCGUCGAGCUCUGGAAGAAGAGGAGGAGAAGCUUAGGAAAAGAUAUGAAUUGAUUCAACAGAUAAGAGCUAUAGAAUCUCUGCCAUUCUUUAGGAACAAGUUUGUUGACUUAACCCAGACUGCUGGCUAUGGCUUCAGUGGUGAAAUGUCAAUAAUGGAACUGCGUGAACGCCUAGCUUUACUGAAAGAAGCGCAGAAGAAGGCAGAAGAAGAGAAGAGAGACCAGAUAAUACAUGAAAAACAAGCCAAGGAACAACUUCUUCUAGACAAACUGGAGCAGAUUUCCCUGUUCAGAGCAGCACUUGGAAGAGCAGCUGCAUUAAAACAGGAAGAGAAGAAAAUAAAGUCCCAGUUAACUGAAGGACCUGUGAAAAAUGAACGUGUUUUAGAUCUACAGAAAAAGAUUACAGAGAAAACUAUGGAGCGUAAAAAGCAAGCUGAAAUCUUAAAGAUUACACCCCAGAAAGAUGGUGCAGGGCCAGGGAGAUCUUGGAAGUCAUAUGAAAACUCUCUGCAAGAGCCCCACUGGAAAGAGUUGGAAGAGAGUCGGGAACAACAGUUCAAGAUGCUUCAGAAUGGCUUAAUGUCCAGAGAAACAGCUCAGAAAAUGACUGCAUAUCAAGCUGCAAGAAUUGGAGCCACUUCUUGUAUAUUGAGAUAAUACGUAAAAUGAAAUGACUCUGGAAAAAAUCCAGACCUGGUGGAGGUGGGAGCACUUCCUACUGUGACUGCUAAUGCCAGGGUUGAAUUUAGCCCUCUUUCUCAUAUGUGUAGGCUGCAGAGUCAAAUUAUGGUUGGCAUAACUGAAGCAGAAUUUGGUAACUUGUAUUUUAAAUCUGUGUUGAGACAUUUUUCCAUUUAGAAUUAAAACAUGUAAUGGAUUAAAUAUUUACUUUGAAAUGUGUUUGUGGUAACAAACUAACAGGUAAGAAUGUUGUAGAGAGGACUUUCAGUGUAUACCCUGCCAUUGUUAUAUGCUAUGCCAGUUGUUUGCUAUGUUCAUUUUCUGAAAUAAAAAGUAAAAAUAUGUGAAACAAACAGAAUUUUUACUUCUGCAUUUAGCUUUUCACAGGAUGUGAUCAACCAGAGUUUAGAAUAGGGAUCAAUGAUCUUACAAUAAGUACAGAAUGUGAUUAGCUGCCUCUACCAGUAGGUCA